AUGUCGUUGUUCGUCUACAAUUUCCCCCUCAACUGGACUCUCUUUGUUCCUAUCCUAGUUGAUUAUGAGUUAGUGCGUGGUCUAUAUAAAAGACCCGAUACCUUGCAUUGUAUAUUUUUCAUUCGAAAUUUGCAAGAUUACGUGCAAGUCUGUAAGAACAAGGAGACUAAUCUAUUGGACUCUGAAGUGACGAUGGUUCCGAUGGGGGUUGGAUCGAGCAGUGGUGCAGGUGCUUGUUCUGGAAGCAAGAAGAGCAACAAGCAGCGAUUUGAGCUGAAGAAGUGGAACGCAGUAAGUCUGUGGGCAUGGGAUAUUGUGGUGGAUAACUGCGCCAUCUGCAGGAACCAUAUAAUGCACCUGUGCAUAGAGUGCCAAGCCAACCAGAAAAGUGUGACCAGCGAAGAAUGUACGGUGGCUUGGGGAACUUGCAACCAUGCCUUCCACUUCCACUGCAUUAGCCGAUGGCUCAAGACUCGUCAGGUCUGUCCCUUGGAUAACAGCGAGUGGGAGUUCCAGAAGUAUGGUCAUGAUUAA